GGCUACUGAGCAUGCUCCCCAGGCUGGGGCUCGCGGAGUAGGGAACUACACAGCGCGCCGUGCGCGCGCCUCCACGACCCGCGGCGGCGGCGGCGGCGGCGGUGGCGGCGGCAGCAGUAGCACCGGUAGCAGCAGUAGCUGCAGCAUUCCGGACGAGACGCGAAUGGCUGGUGCGGAAGCUGCCGGCCUGUAGCGAGCGCGCUGCGCCGGGCCCCGGACCCCGGGGUGACCGGCCCGCCGGCAAUUGAUCGAAAUCCUCAGAAAAUUGAAAGCCCUUGCAUUUUUCAAUCAGCCUUGAAGACUCCCUGGUCAACAAAGAACAUUAAGUACGGCUGUUUAGGCAGCUGCUUCUAUGCCAGGAACAGAACAUGCCGAAGAUUGCAUGUCAGGGUUAUCAUUGAGUGAAGGCCUGGAACUCAACACACAAUUGUUUCUAGAAAUGCAGAUUAAAAAAAUGAAGGAAAUAAUUCCACAGUUAUAUACAGAUCAGGUGAACGACAGAAAUAAUUCUUUGACUACAUCCCCAAAACGACUCAGCAGUGAAUAUGUGAAUCAACCCAAUGGAAAUGAAGCUUGGCCCCAUGGUUAUCAAGACACCAAGGCAGAGGAUGACAAGACAUCUAUGGUUACUUGUGUGAGGUGUAGAAGUGUACAAAAAAUCCCACUCCAGGAGCUGAAAAAGGAUAACCAACAUAGUCAAAAUGAGGACCAGAUGUUCUUUGUUUGUGUCAAGUGCAACUUAGGUAUACCUCCUCCUUUCCCUUAUAUGAAUGAUAUACCAAGUGCUGUUGAUUCAGGAAAUAAAGAUAAUGCUAUUUCAAGGACUGUCACUAACCAAUUUAAAGUAAAAAACUUUCAGCCAGGCAAAUAUUACUGUGAUAAGUGUCGUUUUUCUACCAAGGACCCUCUGCAGUAUAAAAAGCACACACUUCAGCAUGAUGAGAUUAAAUUCUUUUGUUCACACUGCAGCUAUGUCUCAUACACAAAAGGAGAAUUCCAGAGGCAUUUGGUGAAACACACAGGGACAUUUCCAUAUCAGUGCGAGUAUUGUGACUAUGGUGCUGUCAGAAAUGAUUACAUAGUUAAACACACAAGACGAGUUCAUGAGACUGGUGGUGAGAAACGACCUCUUAAACAGGCUGUGGAACACCAGCCAAAGAGAACCAAUUUUUCAAAACAGAACUCUGAGGUUCUUAUAAAUGAAGUUUCUAAGUCAAAUCCUUUUCUGAAUGAGCCAUCAGAUUUAUCUUUAUGUUACCCUGUUCAUGGAGAUCAAGACAAAGCAGGCCAUGCUAUUUCUUUACCUGAGUCUGAGGAGUGUAGCAAGGAUGAAGCGGCCUCAGCCCCUGAUAAAGCUUGCCUUCCUGAACCAAGCAAAGUUAACUUCUUUGAGAAUGAAAAUGUGGAAGUUGAAUUGCUAUCACCAGCAAAAGAACCAGUGCAGCCAGGCAUGCCGCUCACUGUGGUUGCACCAGCAGAACUGAGAGUCCCUGAGAACUGUUUAGCCCAGUUGAUAGAUGUUAAGGUAGUCAAUGGGACCCAGCAACUUGUUUUAAAACUAAUUCCUCUGAAAGAAAAAAAUGGCCUUAAACCUGGCACCUCUGAUGAAGGUAAGUAUGAGCUUGUAAGCAAAUCCACAGUGCCAAAUGAGCAAGAAAAACUAGUGCCUAUUGAACAAACCCCACCAGCAGUGGAAAGGAGUCCUGAGAAGCCAUUGGGCAUUAGUAAUCUGCACUCUACGGAUUAUACCCAUGUGAAGGAUCUAGAUUGCAGAAAGUCUUCUGUUUCUCAAGUGUUAAAAGAUAAGCCAGAGACUAAUCAAAGCCGAUGUGAGUCUUGUCCAAGUAGUGACAGAAUUGGGGAUUGGAAGCAAGAAGAGCUUUCAGUUCCAUAUAGAGCAGCCCUUUCUCCUGUUUCCUCAAGAGAUGGUGAUGUUAAACAAGAUAACUACUUUAAUUCAUUAUCUAUGGUGAAUAAUGGUGCUUUAUGCAGUCCUGUGAAAAGGUUAGAUGUUUUGCCACAUGUGUCUGCCCUCUCCCCCCAUCAGGACAGAUCUCAGAAUCAUUUAGAGAAACUACCUUCAGACUGCAAACCUCCUGAAGCUAUUGGAGCUUUUGCAGAAAGAGGCAUGUUGCCAGUGAGCCCAGGGGCCUCUCUGCAUAGGAAUGAAGUUGGUACUUUUAAAAUGGUUGCUUUUAGUGAGAAACUGAAACAGGCACAAGUAAAAGAACCUUCAGAUGAUCCAAAUCCAAUGCAGGAUUCUCCUUUACAUAGUGAACAAUCACACAUCACCUUAAUUAGUGAAAAUGAUAUUAAGACUCAAGAUCCUGAGGAGGUCAUAUUGGAAGAUCUUGUUGGAGUUACUAUUCAGAAUGCAGAAAGUAACAUCACUUCUUCAGAUGGCCCUAUCAUUUCAUCAGUGUUUUCUCUUAGCUCUGGGGCUGAAAAUAUCCCCGAAGGGAUUAAAUGGGACGAUCUAAAUUGUAGGACAAAGUCGGUUAAUUCAUUGCAUAGAAGAAUUGCCCAGUUGAUUGCUGCUACUGAACCUUCAAAAUCUUCAUUGUCUCCUUUAAGCACUGUGGAACAGCAGCCUUCACCUUCGAAAACUCCCAUAGACUAUGUUUUAGGACAUAAUACACCAAGUUAUGAUCCAGCCUCACCCCAGGGAUUACAGAACAGUGCUACUCAUACUGAACAAUUUACUUUUGAGCAAAUGCAACACCAGGACAGUGUGGAGGAACAGACAAAUACUAGGGAAACCAGAAAGGAUCCUGACGCUGUUCCUGUGUUCAUUCCAAAAGGGACUGCAUUGAAAGCAUUCAAUUCUGCUGAGAAUGAACUUUUAGUAGAGAAUAAAUUGCCUUGUGAUGUGUUUGGCAAUGAAAGGCUGUUACCAAAAUCUGUUCCCUUCAAUUCUCUUCAACAGGUAGGCAAAGACUUUUCUUUGACAAAUGAAAGGCAGUCAACAAACAGUUCCAGAAAUCUUGGCAUAUCAUUGGAGAGUAAACCAAAUCAAGAAUUCACUACUAGUACUGUCUGUAACAAAUCAAAUUCUGCAUAUUCACAAUCAAAAGAAGUCAAUGACCAGGAUAAAGAGGGAAAAUUGAUGUUCGGAAGUCCCUCAGGGUCCAAAAGUAAAACAAAACAAGCAGUUAUCUCCAAAAAAAAAUCAAAAAUUCAAUCUGACUCCAGUCACUUGCUUCCAGAUGUUUGUAUUUAUAUGACAUCAAGACAUCUCAGACUUAUGCCUGUCAGAACAGAACAGUUGAUUAAAUGCCCCCGCAGGAACCAACCUGUUGUUGUGUUAAACCACCCAGAUGUUGACUCAAUAGAAGUGAUUAAUGUGAUGAAGGUUGUCAACAAGUACAAAGGCAAUGUCCUCAAAGUGGUUUUAUCAGAACGAACAUGUGACCAACUAGGUGUAAAGAGGCAUCACAGGCGACUUAUCUAUCAGAACAUGGAGGCAGUGUUCCCAGUGAAAAAGCAGACUAUGCUGAAAAUGAAACUUAAAAAGAUCCACAAGAACAGCUACCAGGUAGUGGAUUCCUUACCAGGCGAAUCAGUACAGGUACUCGAAGGGCCUCCUUAACCACAGUUUAUAAGGAGUACUCAGCACGAAUUCAGUACAACCCUUUUUUUCUUGAAAUGGGACCAGAAAAUUGGAUGACCUUCCUAUAUUCGGGAUUAAGGUGUAGAGCAGUCCCGUGGUGCCCUGUAAAGUAGUUAAUGUUUAAAUUCAUCUUCCUCAGAGACACUACAAUUUACAAAUGGCAGAGUAUUAACCCUACAAAACUUAACCUCUCCCUUUUCCAGGAUAACUUUUGGAUUACAUCGUACACAAAGUGAGGUUAUGUUGUUUAAACUUUGUCAUACUUUUGGAAUUUGUUUUCUACCUGUAUGCAUUUAUAAAGUACAAUGUUUAGAAUAUUUGAAGGAUUGUUUUAAGUCCUGUAUUAAUGUUUUCUGUGGUUACUGUUCAAAUUUUGAAACAAACAUUUGUACAUAGUAAUAGAAGUGUUUACAUUGUAAAGUUUGUUAAAUAAAACACUUGCAAUGGUUUUGCCCACCUG